UUGCCCGUUUCCGCACUGUUGCGCCUCUUUAACUAUUCAGAUACUGCAAGCGUCUCUCGGCUCGCGGUGCAUGAGCCAUUUCUUCAUCUGCAACUCUUCAAACAGGCUUUUUUUCCCUCCCUCCGGAUAAAAGUCUACAUUUUCUUCCUGUGCCAAGAAGAGACAAAACUGCGCAAAACAUGUCGCUGCCGCAGCAGUUAAGGGACGAGAGUGACUUUGACCAGCUCCCAGGCAACAUCCCCAUCAGUGCAACAGUUGCUGAUAUCGAAGAGAAAAAAGGCUUCAUUGACUACUUUAGGUUUGUGGUUGAGGUGAAGACAAAGGGAGGCAGUAAAUAUCUGAUCUAUCGGAGGUACAGAGAAUUUUUCAACCUUCAUCAAUCCCUGGAGAACAAGUACUCUCCUCAGGACCCGGACAGACCUGGUCCCAACACCUGCGUUCUGCCCCCUCUUCCAGGAAAAAUCUACAUCGGGAACAAAAAGGAUAUUGCAGAAAGCAGAAUCCCUGAACUCAACACGUACAUGAAGAGGUUACUUGGUCUUCCAACAUGGCUGUUACUUGAUGACACUCUCCGGAUGUUCUUCUACCAGACGGAGCAGGACAGUCAGCACGAGCCACGGGCCCUAAGACGUCUUCGUCCACCUACUCGCAAAGUGAAAACGGUCAAAGCACCAAAGAUGGACCUCUUCUCCUCUCCCAGGGCAGAGGCAAUGUUUGACUUUCGCGGGAACGGCAAGGCAGAGUUAAACCUGAAGAGGGGAGAAGUGAUCUUCCUGCUGCGACGAGUGAAUGCCGACUGGCUGGAGGGUACGGUGAACAAUCAAACGGGUAUUUUCCCAGAAUCCUUUGUGAAGAUUAUUAAACCCCUCCCAGAAAGUGACUCAGAAAGUGAAGGUGGGGGCCACACUUACAGCUGCCUCCGCUGUUUCCUGCUCACGCCGUCUGGAGUUGAAACCAGAGAUGUGUGUGUACAAGAGGCCCUCACCAUACAACCAACAUACAAUGAGCUGCUGUCCCGCAUGAGGAACGUGUUCAAGGUGGAUGAUAUCGCUCUGAAUUACCGCGACCCAGAGGGCGACCUCAUACGCCUUCUCGACGACGAGGACGUCCAGCUGAUGAUCAGGGAGGGCAGACGUCUGCAGGACACAGUCAAGAGACCUGUCAAUCAGUUUCCAUGGGAACUGCAUGUGACCAUGGCCUCUGACCUCUCAGUUUAUGGUUCUGAACCCUGAGAAAACGUUUACAAAUGGAUCCAGACCAAAGGAAGUACACAAAUUAGGAAUUGUGGCUGAUCUCGUCCUUUGCAUUUAUUCCUAAUGUGUUGAAGUACCUGGUUGAUACAUUUCAUUUAGCUAAAUAAACUAAUUUAAAACAGUGUCA